UAAUCCUCGUUUGUUCCUGCAUCCCUCUGUUGCCUCUCUUUUCUCAAGUUGAGAAUCUCUGUUUUAUUUUCACGACAAGAUCAACACAUCUCAGUUCGCCAUGUCUUCUUACGGCGGCAGCGGUGGCUACCAGCGCGAUUCUUAUCGCUCCCGAGGUGGUUACUCUAACGGAUACUCGAACGGUGGUGGUGGUUAUGGUGGCGGCGGCGGCUACGGUGGUGGCUACGGCGGCGGUGGUGGUGGCUAUGGAGGAGGAGGUUACGGCGGCGGCGGUUAUGGAAGAGACGCUGGUGGUGCCGGUGGUGACCGCAUGUCCAACUUGGGCUCCGGUCUGAAGAAGCAAGACUGGGACCUAGACUCUCUCCCUAAGUUCGAAAAGUCCUUCUACAAAGAACACCCAGAUGUUACCGCUCGUUCCCAGCGUGAUGUUGACGAGUUCCGCAAGACGAGCGAGAUGACAGUUCAGGGAAAGAACAUCCCUCGCCCUGUCGAGACCUUCGACGAGGCGGGCUUCCCUCAGUACGUUCUGAGCGAGGUCAAGGCUCAGGGAUUUGAGAAGCCCACAUCUAUCCAGUCCCAGGGCUGGCCUAUGGCUCUCUCCGGUCGCGACGUCGUCGGUAUUGCCGAGACCGGUUCCGGAAAGACCCUGUCAUACUGUCUUCCUGCUAUCGUCCACAUCAACGCUCAGCCACUCCUUGCUCCUGGAGAUGGCCCUAUUGUCCUCGUCCUCGCACCUACUCGUGAAUUGGCCGUCCAGAUUCAGGCUGAGAUCACCAAGUUCGGAAAGUCCUCCCGCAUCAGAAACACCUGUGUUUACGGUGGUGUCCCUAAGGGUCCUCAAAUCCGCGAUUUGUCUCGUGGUGUUGAGGUCUGCAUUGCUACCCCUGGUCGUCUCAUCGACAUGCUUGAGGCCGGCCGCACCAACCUUCGACGAGUCACUUACCUUGUUCUUGACGAGGCUGACCGCAUGCUGGACAUGGGUUUCGAGCCUCAAAUUCGCAAGAUCAUUGGUCAAAUUCGCCCUGACCGUCAAACUUGCAUGUGGUCCGCCACCUGGCCCAAGGAAGUCCGCCAGCUUGCUAGCGAUUUCCUCAACGACUACAUUCAAGUCAACAUUGGUUCAAUGGACCUGUCGGCUAACCACCGUAUCACUCAAAUUGUCGAGGUCGUUUCCGACUUUGAAAAGCGUGAUCGCAUGAUCAAGCAUCUCGAAAAGAUUAUGGAGACCCAGGGUAGCAAGUGCCUUGUUUUCACUGGCACUAAGCGUAUUGCGGAUGAAAUCACCCGCUUCCUCCGUCAGGACGGAUGGCCAGCCCUUUCCAUUCACGGUGACAAGCAACAACAAGAAAGAGAUUGGGUCUUGAACGAAUUCAAGACGGGCAAGAGCCCAAUCAUGGUGGCUACCGAUGUAGCUUCCCGUGGUAUCGGUAUGAUAAAAUUGCGCUUUUCCCCGUUUCCCCUUCCCCUUUCCCCCUUCUGUUUUCCUUCUUGAAGCACCCCAGCCGUAUUGAGGCCGUGCGAAAACGGCACAGUGCUUAACUCUCUUACGUUGCCCUCGCUUGGCACACUUGACUCGUCCAGGCUUUGU